AUGAACGACCAGCCGAGAGGACGAGCACGCGGCCGCGGCCGUGGACGUGGCAACUGGAGCGUCUCUUUCAACCAACACCACAACGACGGCGAUCAGAUGAUGGUUGAUGGCGAUUUCUCGCGUGGGCGAGGCAGGGGAAGAGGACGAGGCAGGGGUUUCAGAGGCGGCCAGAACCACUUUCAAUACGAUAACCGCCCACGAGAGCCGCCCAUCGAUAUUGAGAAGCUUAAAACAAAUCCAUCAUACCCGCUCAUGGAAGGCUUCCUAGGGAGACGCUAUGACGCCGCCAACAAGCUACUCAACCUCUCGACCAUUAUCAGCGACCAAAAGAUUCUGCAAUCUGGCAUGUUUUCGACCGAAGGAGCGCAAAAAAAGUUUUUCCCGGCCCUCAUGAUUGUCUGCGACGCCAUCCUGAAGACACAAGAAGCAAAAGAGCAAGCCAUCCACAGCGUCACGCUCUCUGGCAACAACCUGCAAAACACGCACGCAGUCUACCAGCUCUGCAACCACUUCCGCCACAUCCAAAACCUCGACCUAAGCAACAACGCCUUUGCAACGCUCGACGCACUCAAGCCAUGGAAAGGCCGCUUCCGCAACGUCGAGCACCUCAUCAUCGACUCAUUUCCCUCGCCAAACUGGGAAGAGGAAAUCAUAUCUUGGUUUCCCAAGCUCAAAAUCCUAAACGGCAACCAAGUUCGCCCUGACGGCCCCGCAGGACCAGCAGCCGCAGCAGCAAACGCACAGCAAAUACCACCACAUGCCAACAACACACCGACGCCCGCCAUGCCUGAUGCAGAGCAGCAGCGAAGAGAAGAAAUGAUUCUCUACGUCCAACGCGAAACAAAUCUCACGCGCGACUACGCAAUCCAGUGUCUGGAAGCCGGUCAGUGGAACAUUGAACAAGCGGGUGCCUUGUUUGCUCAAAGCCGCAACUCGCUACCACCCGAAGCAUACAACAAUUAAUGUAUUUGCUUCGAAAUCCCGCAUCGUCGACAUAGUCUGGCCUAGCCUAGCUUAGGUUUAGGCUUGGGCUUGGCCAGAAGAUAUAAUGAGGGGUGUACGUCCCGAAAAGUGUAAGACGACCGCACUCCUCCCGCCCUUUUCGCAAAAAACCCAUGCCAGGAGAGUAAAAUAGGAAGAAGAAGAUGAGGAAAAAAGAGGAAUAAGAAGGCAAAACCAAUAUGAUCCUACCGCCAGCCCAAACUCGGAUAUACAGAGUACACAGAGCCACGGAAACGGCUUUCUUAUGGCAGGAGGAGAGAGGGUUUUUUUUUCUUUUCAUCACAUAC